UGGUGGCGGGGCACCUGUUACAAAUGCCCGGGGUGGUGUCCCUGUGCCAGGCUCUCCUCACAGGCACCAGUGCCAGCCCCAGCGCCGCUGCGAUGCUUGGGGGGAUCCCGGACGUGCCCCCCGCCCUCAGCGUGUGGAGAGGGCUGGCCCGGUUCGUGCCCCCGCAGCAUGUCGCCUCCACUUCGUCUAGCUCGUCCUCGACCACCAUCGUCAGACCCACGCCCACCAGACCUCGCCCCCAUCAUCCCAUCAAACACGCUCAUGUAGUCCCUCCAGAGCUGAGUCGCGAGGGGGAAGCCGUGGACGGCCUCGGGGGUGUCCUGGAUGACACCUGCGGGAGUCAGCACCAGGACGGAGUUGGUUCAAUGGGCGUCAACGACAAAUACAUACGACACAGUGCUGCCGUUGGCGAAGGAAUCAGAACUCAGUCGGGAACAGUUAUAAUAGACAUCGCUGCCUGUGAUGGGCCCGUUUUCUUUGAGCGAGUCAUCAACAGGGCGUACAAGGCUAAUCCCUUGCUGGGUCACGACGACUCAGAGACAGAGACCGAAAUUAAUGUGGAAGAGCUUGACUCCGAGCCAGGCUCUGAGCCCACAGGAGGGGAGCACCCCAAGACAGGCAGAGAUAUUGCCGGCGACGCCAGCAACUCCUCAGAGAAUUCCAACCUUACCAACGCCCUUCAACUGGACGCUGCAAGUGGGAUCCUUAAGAGCAACAGGGCCCCAUCACCCCCGAUCCCCAACAACCAAACAAGCCGUACAUAUCACUGCGUCUACUGCAACCACACCUUCAAGAGCCACUACUGUUAUCAGAAACACAUGCGCCGCCACAUCAACCCCAUCACAGUCGAGGUGGACAAACUGCGCGGAAGCAGCCUUCCCUCCCCGGGCAAGUCUGACGCCAUGCAGGAAGCCAGCAGCCGCUCCAUGAGUGUGAAAGAAGGACGACUGGCAGGCAGGAGGGCCGGUAGUAUGUCCCCUUACAGUAGCAAUGGUACCGUUUCUCCCGCACCUUCAGAGGGGCUCAAGAUCCUGGACCUCAAUGUACAAUACUUCCCCUGCAAGACCUGCGGCUCCAAGUUCCCCAGCUACUACUUUGUGCACAAGCACCGACGGAUGUGUCAUCAGGAAGAGGAGAACUCGUCUCUAGGGGAGAAGGGCAGAGCCAAGACCCCAUCCUCAAAGCCAGCACGCACACCCACCCCCACGACCACCCGUGCCGCCACACCCAAGUCCUCCACCAGCUAAUGUGACUUCAUGCCCCCAAUGACAUCACCACCACACCUACGUCUUCUGCAUCAGAGGAUUCUUAAGAGUAUAGUGUACCAGUGGCCUCCACGUCCUUUACACUACUGGAAUUGGCUCAUAUUACAGGCUGUUGGUUGACUAUCUAUGACAUUUUAUACCCUGGUCUUUCUGUUAAUCAAAUAUAGAUCCCUCGAGACUUCUAAUAUAAAGUGUUAUUAAAAU